AUGGCACCCCCACCUACUUCAACUCUUCCUUUGACAGAACGUGUCAAGAAGCUUGCACAGACUCUUCAAUUUGCAUGGUUCUUGGGACAUCUGACCCUACUCCUUUCGGUCAUCCGAUACCUUUUCUCCUACAUCACCUUCAACUUCUAUUCCAGAUGGGCUCAGACUUCCUACCGUCUUGCCUUUGUUGCAGCAGCCGCGACGUAUGGCAUAGUUGUCUACAAAGCCUACAAAGCUCGUUUGAAUACUGGGGCGAAACAACAGAGUGCAUUGAUGCUGGCUGCUGACGAGAAUGUUCAGUAUUUGCUGAUGGCACUUAUCUGGCUUUAUUCUCGUCAGAUUCCCCUCGCUCUUCUUCCGUUUACAGUCUACUCUAUUUUUCAUGUUGCUACGUACACACGAACGAACAUCAUUCCCACCUUUCAACCACCAAAGAGUGCUCCUUCAGGUGGCACACCAUCCUCUCCCAACUCACCAAAACCUUCGUCCAGCCAGUCUCCAUUAGCAAACAGUAUUGGCAAAUUCGUCAAGGAAUAUUAUGAUGCUUCCAUGACACUCGUUGCGCUUCUCGAGAUCGGAUUGUGGUUCCGCGUUCUUCUGUCCGCCUUCACAUUCACCAAAGGCUCCUGGGUGCUGCUCAUUAUCUACAGCGUCUUUCUGAGAGCCAGAUACGCUCAAAGUCAGUUCGUGCAAGGUGCAUUUGCGCAGGCCAUUGCAAGGGUGGAUGCACAGGUCCAGAAUCAAAGCAUGCCGCCAGCAGUCAGACAGGGCUGGGAAACAGUCAAGGGCUUGGGCAGGAAGGGUGUUGAGGCCACUGAUCUUCGGAGAUACCUUGGUGGUUCCAACCAGCAAGGCACGAAGAAACCUCAAUAG